AUGAAGAAUAGAUUGGCUCUCUCGGUGGGGUGCAACUCCCCCAACACCCCAUACAAGCUGCAUGGGUGCUAUAACGACGUGCAAACCAUGCAGACUCUGCUCACUAACCACUUCGGCUUCGCGAAGGAAGACAUCAAGAUCAUGAUUGACAAACCAAACUGGCCGGAUAAGCCGACGGGGUACAACAUCAUGAUGGCGCUUGUACGGAUGAUCUAUGAAGCUAAGAAGGGAGACACCUUGUUCUUCUUCCGUGGGUCAGGGACGCUGGUUGAAAGCCCUCAGAACGGUAACAGUCCAACGAUGAAUUUCGUAUUCCGGCUUCUAGUCGACUACUUAUCGAAUGGAGCAACCUUCACUUUCCUCGCUGACUCAUCCCAUAGUGGCGGCCUCAUUCUCGACGCAAAGGAGCAGAAGAUUCUCCGUGCACGAGAGCCUGGAAAAGAUUGGGAAGAGAAAUACCGCCCAAAAACCUUUCCCAUUGAUGUCAUCUCCACCAUUCAAUUUUUCAAUAUCGGCUCUUCCGACAUUUCCGCUCACUUAUCGAAUGUUUUCGGGACUCAGCUGAUGAGGGGCAGUAACCUCUGUCAUCUGAUAGGGGACCGUGCUAGUCUUCUCGGUAAUCAAUUGGAUCCACCAAUGGAUGCACCGAAGAAUUCCAUCGGAGCUGACGUUUUUGCCUUCAAAACGAGCUACAUUUCGCGACUUCCAAGUCUCCCACAGCAGAAAUCCCGGGGCAAGGUUUCUUAG